GUAACUGGUGGUGGUCUGUGGUUCGGAGCCUUCUGAACGGUAAACACGAAAUUUAUGCCGUUGGAUCAACGUGUUGCACGGCCCAGGUUGUGGGUUUCUGGGCCGAGUCACAGGUCUGGGCAUGAAGGUAGUUGUUUAGUUUCUAUUCUCCAGCCUGAGGAAACUCAGAAGCUCUGUUUCAACUGCACCACUUGCAUCUCGGAGGUUUCUGGAAAACUACUAAACAACCACAACCAAAAGAAACUACCUAUACACACAAGAACAUGGAUGUAUCUCUAUGAUACUGAAAGUAUACACAAAAUUACCUACUGUAUGAUUGAACUAGCUGAAGUUCUAGACCAGACAAAACUAAUUAUGGUAGGGGAAUAUGAGCAUGGCCUUGGGCUUGAGCCUAAGCCACUCCAUUUUAAGAACUCCUGUUUGAAACCUGCAGUCUCACCAGGCAUGCCUACUGGAGAGGUCCUGUGACAAACAAGUCAAUUCUCGACACCCUGAUAAGGCUCAGAGUGAAGCCUCAGGCAAUCUGUCCUCCACCUUUUAGAGGAAAAGGUUCCCGAUAAGAGGGAAAGAUUAGGGUGGGGACCACCAGACCAGCUGUUUCAAUCCCACAGCAAAUGUCAUUGAGAAAUCCAGUGGCAGCUGUUAAGAACUGAAAGGGGGGGGGGCGUCAAAAGCCUCAAAAGAGCUAAUAACAAGACAUUCAGCCAGCCAAAACUGAUGCCCUUACACUGAGAGUCUGAUGAGGACUUGCACUGACAUCCCAACACUUCUCAUCCUUUGCUGAUCUUCUGCAUCUUCCUCAUUGCUCUCAAACUCUACAGCCACAUCUUGACCCUGGUGAGAGCCUCAAUUUCUCCUUAAGUCCGUCUCCUAGACUGGCGGUCAGCUUCACCUAAGGAGAAGCCUGUCUUGGUUCCUGACCUGAUCAACACUGUCUGAGGACAAAUCUGUGGAUGGAUAUGGUUCCUCCCACCUUGAUUACUGGAAAGAACACCUAAGGUUGCCACGGCCAACAUCUAUCCUCUCUUGAAUCUCCCUAUUGUCUUGCUACUCUGGUUCAGGGUCAAGGGAAUAGAUUAGAAAUGCACAAUCUGGGAUUCCUCUCCCAAUAUCACCUACCUAAUCCCGACCUGACGUUGUUCGCGUUUGAGGAGCUUUACUUUAAAGGACCAAUCCUGGCCCUACUAAAUGCUGCCCGGGUCACUCCGACAGUGACAACAACUGGGAAAUGACAAUGAUGUUGGGAUGGGGCAAUAUAAGACUGAAAACUGCGACACAGAAGCACCUGCGGGGUCAAAGAACUAUGCAGUUCCAAAUGCACAGGAGAAAACACGCGGCCGCAUUCCGGACCAAAAGGUCAGGACAGUUAAUUACUUCCGGGACUCGAAGCCUCGCGCGCGUAGGCGUUAUUCCGGAAAGCGGUGUCCCAUUUCUCCCAGGCCGCCCCGCAGGACCGGCUGAAGCUUCAGUCGCCCAGCCCUGGAACUUUGUCUCCCGAGGGGAUAUGUAAGCCAGGAAAUCCGGGCUUACAGCAGCGAUGGAGCCACGGCUCUAGAUGUGUAUCCUGAUCUUCAAACUAAGUAAUGCCAGGAAGACAUGAAGGUCAAAGCUUUACAUAUAAUAGCUGCUUGAUAAAUUUUACCAAAGAUGAACAAGAAUGAUGUGAAGACACCACUGAUUUAAAUAAUGAUGUUUAAUUUCACAAAAUAAAAUAUUUUAAAGAAGAAACUUACAGAUGUCCAAAAAUGAUUGAGAUAGAGCAAGCAGAGGCCCAGCUCUCUGAGUUAGACCUGCUGGCCAGUAUGUUUCCUGGGAAGAAUGAGCUCAUAGUGAAUGACCAACUGGCUUUAGCAGAACUGAAAGAUUGUAUUGAAAAGAAGACUAUGGAGGAGCGAUCUUCAAAAGUUUACUAUACCAUCAAUAUGAACCUAGACAUAUCUGAGAAAUCAAUGGAGAUAUUUUCUCUGGCCUGCAUUCUUCCCUUUAAGUACCCUGAAGUUCUGCCUGAAAUUACUGUCAGAUCAGUAUUAUUAAGUAGAUCCCAGCAGACCCAGCUGAACACAGAUCUGACUGCAUACCUGCAGGAGAAUUGUCAAGGAGAUGUCUGUAUAUUGAAUGCCACUGAAUGGGUUAGAGAACACGCCUCAGGCUAUGUCAGCAAAGAUGUCCCAUCUUCCCCCAACACAGAAAGUGCAGUCCAGCCAGUUGAUCCCAUUCUUACAAGACUUUGGAUUUACAGCCAUCACAUCUACAACAAAUGCAAAAGAAAGAAUAUUCUAGAGUGGGCCAAGGAGCUUUCCCUGUCUGGAUUUAGUAUGCCUGGAAAACCUGGUGUUGUUUGUGUGGAAGGUCCACAAAGUGCCUGUGAAGAAUUCUGGUCAAGACUCAGAAAAUUAAACUGGAAGAGAAUCUUAAUUCGCCAUAGAGAAGACAUUCCUUUUGAUGGUACAAAUGAUGAAAUGGAAAGACAAAGGAGAUUUUCCAUUUUUGAAGAAAAAGUAUUCAGUGUUAAUGGAGCCAGAGGAAACCACAUGGAUUUUGGUCAGCUGUAUCAGUUCUUAAAUGCCAACGGAUGUGGGGAUGUUUUCCAGAUGUUUUUUGGUGUAGAAGGACAGUAACUAAGGAGAAGAGUAUUUUGUAUUUUGUCACUGUUGACUUUUUGUUUUUUCCCACUGUUUCUUGAGAGAUGAAGUAGUUUUAAAAUUGAGUGCAGUGGCACACACCUAUAUUCUCAGUGACUAAGGAAGCUGAGGCAGGACGAUCACAAGUUCCAAGCUAAAAACUAAAAAAGGGCUGGGGGUGUAGCUUUGUGUUGGAGCACUUGCAUGUUAGGGUAAAAAUAAAGCAAGAAAAAGAAGUGUAGUUGAUGAAAAUGUCAUGAUUUAAAGAACCUGCAUUUCAAUUUUUAAUCUUUAAAUUAUCAACAGAAAUUUCUUGACAUAAAAACUACCGAUUUUGAAAAAGAAAUUACUUAUAUAAUGUUGGUAGCCCAACUUGUCAGCCCUUCCCAACAUCCCCUUUUCCUUUACCUGCUAUCAAUAAAGAAGUUGGGAAAGCUUAACUGCUCACCUUCGCAGCCUCUGUUGCAGCUACAGGUAGCCUUGGGACACAUUUACAGGAUUUCUGKGAAAGAUUUGCUUCUCAAAUAGAAGUGAUAAAAGUGGCUAAGCCAUCUUUUUCCCUAUUUUUGAAACAAAUACUGAAGUUAUGGAAGAAGCUGGAAUGGUCCUUUCAAAUGAGAAAGGAAAGAUCAUGGGAACCAAAGAGAUACCAGUGCUCAUCAUGUUGGUCUGCUGAUCCAGUACCAUCCUCUGACUAUCUGUAGAUAUCUUAUUAUGAAAUAA